UAAAUACCCAUUAUUUGUUGAACUGAUUUUGUGGCAAUAAAAUAGAGCAACACAAAAGGAGAUCAAUUUUAAGGCUCCAGUAAUUGUCCAGUCCAGUUCAUCACCAUGUCAAGGCAAAGUCAGCUCCCACCUCGGUGUCCUUUGCAAAAGAAAACAAGACAGGUUCCCUCUUCUCAAGAUCCUCAGCAGCAGAAACCUCAAAGCUCUACAGGAUUCUGGGGUGACCAUUCAACCAGCGAUUCUGGGACUGUUUUUGAUAACUUGAAAGUGUCAUUACUGAGUUUGUCUCAACUUGGUUGUGACGAAAGUUUGGGUUCAAGUGGUGAUUCGGGCUGUGUCCUGGAAUCAGCUUGUACAUAUGGGCCUAACUCCCCUAGGGCAAAAAGCAAACCGACGUUACUCAGCAACGUCUUGAAUGUGUCAUUACUGAAUUUGUCUCUACCUGGUUGUGAUGAAAGUUUGGGUUCAAGUGGUGAUUCGGGCUGUGUCCUGGAAUCAGCUUGUACAUAUGGGCCUAACUCCCCCAGGGCAAAAAGCAAACCGACGUUCCCAGAUAACAGGAUGGUUUCAGCACUAUCAGAGUAUAUUUCGCAGAAUUCCAAGCAAUGUCUGGUGGGUGAUUCAUCUGGAGGUGAUGUUGUUAAUGUAUCUGCUGGAGAAGCUGAUUUUGAAACAAAGCCUGUGAAAAGACAUUCUGGUCAGAGGUCAAGGGUUCGAAAACUCCAAUAUAUUGCUGAACUUGAAAGAAAUGUAGAAAUCUUUCAGGCUAUACAAUCGGAGUUGGCAUGUAAAGUGGCUUCCUCGUUGCAGCAUCGCUUUUCUUUGUCACUGGAAAACAACAAACUAAAGCAGCAGCUUCUGAGACUUCAACAUGAAAAAAUGAUGCUUGAUGAUGAGUAUCAGUUGCUGAGAAAUAAGCUGGAUACAUUUGCAAGUUAUGGGUCAAAUUUUAAGUUCCAGGAUGCUGGUGGUUCAAACACAAUGUGGCAGACGCUUGACUUGGGAAAACUCGAUCUUAAUUAGUCGUAGAAGA